AUGGGUAAAUCAACAUCAGUUUUAACAUCAAUUUUUUAUCUUGUUAAAUCAUCUCAUUCACGUAGUACGAUUAUAAUAACAAUAACAACUUUAUUAAUUUGUAUUACGGUUUUUACAAUGGCUGGUCAAGCUAAUUCUAUGGCAUUACAAGCAUAUUGUUCAUUAUGUAUAUUUGAUUUAUUAUUCAUUGGUACAGCUUUACUUUCAGCAUGGAUUAUGGAAAAUAAUAAUACAAAAGUUCGUCAAAAAAUGCAAAUUUCAAAUAAUAUUGAUAAUAAUUCAAUAAAUAAUUCAACAUCACUUUUUAUUCCAACACAAACUAUAACAACAUUUUCAUAUGGUACAGCACGUUUUGAAGUUUUAGCUGUAUUUACAUCAACAAUGCUUUCAAUACUUGGAGCAUUUUUUAUUCUUAAAGAAUCAAUUGAAAAAUAUCUUGAAGAUGAAACAAUACAUACAGAAUAUCUUAUAUUAUCAUCAAUAUUAACAUAUAUUAUUCAUAUGAUUGUUAUUUAUUUUGUACGAAAUCAAGCAUUUGAUCAUGUUAUUGCAGCUAGUUCAUCAAGUUGGUUACAAGAACAUGUUAGUGAUAUGUUUCAAAGUGUUUGUCAUUAUAUACCUGGUUUAAGUCGUCUUCUUUUACCACGUAUUAAUCCAUUAGCAUUACUUUGUUGGUGUGGUUUAGCUAUUGUUUUUUCUGAUUCAUUCCUUUUAAAAAUGGGUUAUGGACAUUUUGUUGAUACAUUAUCAUCAUUACUUAUGGCUUUUAUGACAUUUGGUACAAUGGUACCAAUGGCAAUAUAUAGUGGAAAAAUAUUAUUACAAACAACACCAGCACCUAUGAUUGGACAAUUAGAUAAAUGUCUUCAUGAAGCAUCAAGACUUGAUGGUGUAUUAGAAUUUCGUCAUGAACAUUUUUGGGCUUUAUCAUUUGGAACACUUGUUGGUUCAUUACAUGUUCGAUGUCGAAGAGAUGCUGAUGAACAAUUAGUUUUAGCACAUGUAUGGAAUAAAUUAGCAAAUGUUGUUCAAAUUCUAACAAUACAUGUAUUCAAAGAUGAUUGGUUACGUCGACAAACACAUACAUUCAUGCAACCUCAAACGAGUAAUCCAGUUUUAUCAAAUAAUCCUUCGACUUAUAAUGGUUUUGUUGUUGUUACAUAA